AUGUUCAAAAAGAGAAAUGUUAGCAAAGAACAGAUAAGAAAAGUUCAAAGUGAUAACUUGGAGGAAAGUAAUCCGAGAAUAUAUGAAGAAACACACUUUCAAGGAUCCUUAAAUACAGAUAUUGAUGAAAUCAAGAAAAGGAAUCAGUUAAAAAAAGACUCAGAUCUAGUAAAAGAUCCAAAUUUUGAAAAAGAUGAAAAACUGGACGAACUCAUUUCUAUUGUUUCACAUAAAAGUAACCGAAAGUUUAGUCACGACAAUAUUAUAAACAACUAUGACUUAGAUCUACAUGAACCAAAUCCUCCUAAUAAGGAAACCUCUAAAACUAUUUAUUCAAGAAGGAAAUAUGAAACUCUAGAAUCCAGAAAUCCUAAUAUUAAGCUCACUUUAAGAAUGGAUUAUCAGCACGAUAUUUGUAAAGACUUUAAAGAAACUGGAUACUGUGGUUUCGGAGAUACCUGUAAAUUCCUUCAUGAUAGAAGUGAUUUCAAAAGCGGUUGGCAGUUAGAUAGAGAGUGGGAUAAAGAACAGAAGAGAAAGAGAUUGAAGAUUAACCCCACUUUUAAAGGUAACUCCAAUCAUGAAGACGGUAACCUUUUGUCCGAAUCCACUAACUCUAAUCAACCUCCAAAGAAAUGUUUCAUUUGCAAAAAAAAAUGGAGAUCUGACUCAAAUCCUAUUGUUACUCUCUGUAAUCACUAUUUCUGCGAAAAAUGUGCUCUUAAUCACUAUGUUAAUACCUCCAAGUGUUUCCAAUGUAGUCUCCCUACAAAAGGAACAUUCAAUAUUGCUUCCAUACCUCAAGAUCUAAUCUCCAAAUCUGAUUCCCAUGAUUCUUCCGAAUCUGAAAGCCUGUCUUCUGACAAUCUUUCUCAAUCUUAA